AUGGAACUGGAGGAAGGUAAAGCUGUCGUUUCCUGUGAGAACAUUCACAAAACGUAUUUGCUUGGUGCCGAAGGCGUUCCAGCCCUCCGUGGCAUUGCAGUCGAUGUAAAGCAAGGCGAGUUUUUGGUUAUAUACGGUACUAGUGGGGGAGGCAAAAGUACCUUGCUCAAUGUACUUGGGACCAUCGAUUUGCCUACCAAAGGUAACUUGUAUCUUUUUGGCCAACGCAUCACAGAGCAGACACCCGAUGCGGAUCUUGCUCGUCUCAGGUGCCAACGGAUCGGUUUUGUGUUUCAGGCAUUUAACCUAUUGUCUACCAUGGAUGCAUUGGAUAAUGUUUCGCUUCCAAUGGUCAUAGCUGGGAAACUAUCCGUCUCGGAGAUAAAAGAGAGAGCGAAGAAACUCCUAACAUCUGUUGGGCUUGACCACCGUUUGCAUCAUUUUUCCUCAAUGCUGUCUGGUGGUGAACAACAACGCGUUGCCAUAGCACGAGCCCUUUCCAAUGAUCCUGAAAUACUCCUCCUGGACGAGCCAACUGGAGACCUUGACACCAAGAACACAAAGCUGGUAAUGAACAUUCUGAUGAAUCUAAAUCGUGACGCUGGACUAACAAUGGUCAUGGUAACUCACGAUGUGUACAUGAAGCCGUACGCCCACCGUAUAUUGUACAUGCGUGACGGUAAGGUACAAAAUGUGGAGCAUGUUGAUCCGAGUGUUCGCGAAAGAGCCUUAAUAGCUUUGGAACGGGAUGCUGAAAAGGCACGCAGUGGGCUGAACAACGAGAGCGCACCUUCUAUAUCUUUUGUGGUACGUGCACCGAAAGACUAUUCAACAUUUGAUGCCCAAAGUGAUCUGUUGGUUGAAGAUGACCCUGAAAUGCAAGAAGUUGUGCUAGCUCUUUUUGCCACUUAA